AUAAAAAGGGGUUGCAACCAAAUAAUUUUCUAUUCAUUCCGAAAAACUCAAUGUUAGUUCAUAACUUAAAAUGAACAUCGCUAGGAGUAUAAUAUUUUCUGUUUAUGUCAUCCUUCUAGUGGGUCUUUCUCCAACGAGCGGAUGUAAGCUUCCAAUGCACAAAACUAAAUGGUUCUAUCCGGGUGUCAAGGGCAAAGGAAUCCUGAGCUGUUUUGAUUAUUUCGCAAAUGGAAUAAACAGAAAAUGCGGUAAUUCUUAUAACAUAUUCACGGAUAUCGCGAAAUUGAACGGUCGAGGCAACCACGAUCAAGGAAUAAAAGUCAUAAUCGACGUUUCCAAAGGGGGUGGACAUAUUUUAGAUUAUUGGAUUUCGGGACUGGGAUCUACAUUCGCAGAUAUGGUUAUAUCGGCGCACAGAAUCGUCAUAUGCGCAUUUGGAAGGAAACAUAGAAGAAGUUUCUUUUUUGCAGACAAAGGAAUCUGCCGGAGUGACUUCGGGAAGCAUUACGGUUGGCGAAGCUAUGAUAAUGGCUAUGAUGAUAUAGCUAAUGUUAUAAGCUAUUAUCGCCUCAAUAAUGCGCAAGCUGACAUUGAGAAUAUUUUCAAGAAGCACACCAAAGGCAAAGGGAUUAAAGCGUUGACAGGGAGUCACCGGUUAAUCGCUCAAGCAAUAUGGGAUUUAUCGAAACUAUUCAGUCGUGCAAACAAUGAGUGGUGCCAUGAUGACGUAUAUUACGUUUUCAAAAGAGUCUUAACUGUAUUAGGAGCUCUGGCAAAUGGUUAUAGAACUGGACUUGGAAACGAUGUUGUUGAUGGGCUGAUCGAGUAUUGCGGGGAAGCCGUCAAACAAUACGGGCAAAAGGAUCUAUCCCACUGUGGUUCAGAUAUAAAAGUGAAGCUGGAGGACUGCAACAGAACCGAUUUUAACGGUGCCAUUAGCAGCGGUCAGGACGACGAUAGCGGUGACGAUAGUAACGAUAAUGCUAAUGAUGAUAACGGAAAUAACGACGAAUAUAACAGGGACGAAAAUAGCAGUGGCAGCACUAAGAGAAAAAGUAGUAGCAGUGACGAAAAUAGCAGUGGCAGUAAUAAAAAUAGCAGUGCCAACACUAAUAAAAAAAGCAGUAGCAGUGACGAAAACAGCAGUGGCAGCACUAAGAGAAAAAGUAGUAGCAGUGACGAAAAUAGCAGUAGCAGUGACGAAAAUAGCAGUAGCAGUGACGACAAUAGCAGUGGCAGUAAUGAAAAUAGCAGUGGCAACACUAAUAAAAGAAGCAGUAGCAGUGACAAAAAUAGUAGUAGCAAUAAUGAAAAUAGCAGUGGCAAUAGUAGCAAAAAAAGCAAUAGCAGUAGCGAAAAUAGCAGUAACCACAGUAGCAAAAAAAGCAAUAGCAAUGACGAAAAUAGCAGUAGUAGUAACGAAAAUAGCAGUGGCAACACUAGCCGAACGAGCAGCAGUAGCGCGAAGAAACAUAGAAAACAUAGCAGUGAAAAUAAUGAUAGCAAUACGGACACCAAUAAUAACACGAACAAUAAUGAUUCAAAUCAAUCAAAUCGAUCAAGUAACUCCAACAAUAAUCGAAAUAAUCAAGAGACUAAUAUCGUUAUCAACAAUAAUUAUGUUGUUUAUAAUAAAGAAGAGGUCAACGAAGUUUCGGAAGCAGAUAACGCCUCGACUGAUACAACUGAAAAAACGGGCGAUUAAACAAUUCUCAGGCGCAACGUUUAUUUUAAGUUUCAAAAUUUUUUUUUUAGCUCACUCUCAGAAUAUGUACGUACGUUCACGUCAUGAAGUAUUCGGAACUAUACAAAACGCAAAAAAUAUAGAUUUUUAAUCUAUCGUUAGUCUAGGCCAGGGGUCGGCAACCUGCAGCUCGCGAACCUCUUUGGAUAUGAAACUGCGGCUCUUUAGGUCCUUAAGCAAAUAUUAUUUAUUUUAUAAAAAAAAAACAUUUAAAAAUUAUUCUGAAUAACGAGGGUUGGGCACCAUUUUUAUCUCUCAGCCCAUUGUUGUAAGUAAAUGUUUAAUUGUUUUCAUUGUCUACAUAACUAAUAAGUGAUUAUCUAAUAAUACCAUAUAUAAUCUAAUUUGUUGUAAAAAGAAUACUACUUGUUUAUGAAUAAAUAGAUAUUUUUUAUGAAUAAUUA